AUGAACGCGUUUUGGUAUGGUUUAGCCGGAGGUCUGGGAGUGACUGCGGGAGCGCACAGACUAUGGGCACACCGUUCAUAUAAGGCGAGACUUCCAUUAAGAAUAUUCUUGAUGAUUUCUCAAUCAAUUGCCGGACAGAAUGAUCUGUACGAAUGGUGUCGCGACCAUAGAGUACACCAUAAAUACGCGGAAACAGAUGCCGAUCCCCAUAACGCCAACAGAGGCUUCUUCUUCGCACACGUCGGUUGGCUUCUGACCCGAAAACAUCCCGACGUUAUCACGAAAGGCAAACAACUCGACUGCUCUGAUCUGCUCAACGAUCCAGUCGUUAAAUUUCAGAAGAAGUCCAUAUCGUUUUGGUAUGGUUUAGCCGGAGGUCUGGGAGUGACUGCGGGAGCGCACAGACUAUGGGCACACCGUUCAUAUAAGGCGAGACUUCCAUUAAGAAUAUUCUUGAUGAUUUCUCAAUCAAUUGCGGGACAGAAUGAUCUGUACGAAUGGUGUCGCGACCAUAGAGUACACCAUAAAUACGCGGAAACAGAUGCCGAUCCCCAUAACGCCAACAGAGGCUUCUUCUUCGCACACGUCGGUUGGCUUCUGACCCGAAAACAUCCCGACGUUAUCACGAAAGGCAAACAACUCGACUGCUCUGAUCUGCUCAACGAUCCAGUCGUUAAAUUUCAGAAGAAAUUCUACGUUUUGUUUUACUUAACAUUUGUUGUCGUUUUACCGAUUCUUAUUCCCGUCACCCUAUGGUCCGAGUGUGUGUCAAAUGCGGCAUUUGUGGCCCUACUUAGAUACUGUACUUCAUUGCACUGGUACUUUAAAUUCACUUGGUUUGUCAAUUCUGCGGCCCAUAUGUUUGGGAGUAAACCAUAUAACCCGCGAAUAGAGGCGCGAGAGAACCUAUUCGUCUCAUUCGGAGCUUUCGGAGAAGGUUUUCAUAACUAUCACCACGAGUUCCCAUUUGACUACUCGACCAGUGAAAUGGGUUGGAAGCUAAACAUCACCACAUUCUUCAUAGAUCUAAUGGCAACCAUAGGACAGGCAUAUGAUCGCAAGAAAUUAGCUCAAAAAUUUCCUUUGCAUUGGCGUCCAUAUCGUGACCGGCCAUCAGCCGAGGGAGUGUUGUGGGUCUCCCCCUCGUGCUCCUUAAGAUCAUCCGAUUCAGUGAAUGUCUUUCGACACCCGGGAUAA